UUUGGAAAGCAUAUAACAUUGGAGAGGGUAAAAGGAUUCUAUGGACACAACUCAAAAGCAAUAGCAAUAAAGAACUCUCUGUUGUUUUAGACUGGAGAGAUGUUGCUCUUACUAGAUUCCAAGAAGAUGAGAAUGAAAGUACUGACAUGAAUACUCAGAUAAAGAAGAGGGCUAUUUUUAUGUGUCCAGUAGAAGGUUGUGUCAGGGAAUUUUCUACAAACUCAAACUUAGACAACCAUUUACUGUUGGGAAAUUGUGAUUACAAACUUGAAAAACAAUGUUUGACAGAUCUUGCCAUCACAAUUUAUUCCAAAAAGAUCAAUGAUGGUUUUCCAUCAUCAACAUCAGGUCAGCAUGGUCAGAGAUCAGAGUGUGGAAAUAAUAUUUCAACAGAAGGUGAUUAUAUAAAUCCAAUGGGUUGGGCUUUAAAAGGCAAAAGGAAAAAGACAGUUUUCUCUACUGCACAAAAGCAGUACAUGAAAGAACAGUUUGACAUAGGAAAAAGAACAGGGAAGAAAGUUGACCCGUUUUUUGCAGCUGAAGAAAUGAGGAAGCUUAGUCAAUUUGACAAGAAAACCUUUCUUUCUGGUCAGCAAAUUGCUAGCUAUUUUUCAAGACUAGCUCAGCUGGAUAUAGAAAGGCAGAUCCGGGUGACAUACUGGCAGCCAAAGAAGAAGAUCAGAAAACAUUACUGAAAAAAGAGAUAAUGGACAAAUUGAACAAAUAAUGACAAAACAAUUCAUAAGGAUGUUUGCUCCUCUUAUUAUUGUAAUGACUACCAAAUGCAUUGUGUUCUCCAGUGAAUAUUUCCUUUUUAUGUUGCAUUGACUUUGUCGGCGAAUAUUUCCAUCUGUAACAAAAUAUUUUGUAAAUGUCUCCUCUGAUAUCUUUACAUGGAUUUUCUUUAUGUUUGGUUUUAUGAUAUAUGAAGUAUGUUUUACAGUCUGAUUUUUCAUAUAAUGCCUUGUGUGUUAACAUAGAAUGUUUCAUAAUGGUUAUGCAGUUCAUUAUUAUUCAAUUUAAAAUAUAUGUUUUGAUAUGAUUAUGGCAUUCAAGAACGAAAAAUUUACAGGAUAACUUUUAUGACCUUAUUCAAAACUUGGUGAUUGCGUAUACAACCAUAAACAGAAAGUUUAUCAUUCAUCAAAAUAAAGGCUUGCUGUUUAUGGUUAACUAUUGACAUUGACCCUCAAUAUUUUGUCAU